UAUGACAAUCAUUUGAUAAGUCCUAAGGAAUUUGUGCAUUUGGCUGGCAAGUCCACCCUGAAGGACUGGAAGAGGGCAAUCCGGAUGAAUGGGAUCAUGCUAAGGAAAAUCAUGGAUUCAGGGAAGCUGGAUUUCUACGAGCACACAAAAGUUUGCUCGAACACCUGCCGCAGCACUAAAAUCGAUCUGACCGGGGCCAGAGUCUCUCUCAGCAGUCAGACCUCAGCAGAGUACACGCCUCUUACUCCAGCCUCUGCAGACGUCAAUGGAUCUCCCGCCACCAUCACCAUAGAAACCUGUGAGGAUACCACCGAGUGGACCACGGCUAUUGGAGGUGAAGCUCGUAAUGUCUGCCCUUGGACCCACCCACAGGAUGUUCAGUGCAAAACCUGAAAGGCUUUGAAGAAGGGAAAAAGCAGAGGUGGUCAUCCUGCUGUAGGCAGGGCCACAGAGCAAUAGAAGAGCUCUUGCAGCAAGGGUUGAGGUCAAGUUUUUGGCAUGUUUAAGUGGGAUGGAAAAAGACUCCUCUGAAGAGAUGCUGAUACUGGGAAAUUGUUUGAGUGUGGGGAGAGCGGUGGGUUAGGUGAUGUCAUCUUGCCAUUCUUUUACUCUCACUCUCUCUCACCACCCUGUCUUAAAAGUCAGGUCUGUUAGGUAAGCUCCCCGUUGGGAGAGCGAGUACGUUCAGCGAAGCGUUGUGAGAGUUGUGUUGGAG